UCCCUGUUCUUUCUGCGCCACUAGUUGAAUCCGUGUCCUUGCAAGGUACACCUCUCGUUGAGAAUUCUGCUUGUUUUCGCCAAGAAUUCGGCUCCGCGUCCGCGCCGCGACCGUAACCGUGCGAGUGGGUAUCCUGGUGUCUCUCGGCGUCGCUGCAGGCGUCUGUGAGAGCGCGAUUUAAAAAUAAAACGGCAAAUACAUAACAAAAUAUCGAAGAGCAGCCGCCGCCAAACAGCCAAACAGCAGAGCGACACCCAUACACACGCGUGUGGGCCUACACUGGUGUUUGUGUGCCAAAGUUCCCUCCCAACCAUACCAAAACAGAAACACACUCAGACAAUCCCAUCUCGGUGCAUGCGAACGCAUUUUAUGGACGCCCUCGACUCGCUUGCCCACGGAAGCCUCGAUCGGUUCAAGAGCCUCCUGCAAUCGACACUCUAACAGAGACUGACCAGAGAAGACAGAGCACAACUCAGACACUGAUCACCACAUUCAUUCAGCUGACCCAGCUAAGCAUCCACCACACUCACAACUCAACCAAUCCAAUCAGUCAGAUCAGACCUCAUCAUCCAUUGGGUAGAGCGCGAGCAUGAGCCUGUGGAAGCGCAUCUCCAGCCAUGCCGACUGCGAGCAGCGUAUGGCGGCCUUCUACGAUGAAAAGGGUCUCUUCGACCUGCGCAUCUGCCUGGCGCCCUGGAUCGAAGACAGGAUAAUGUCCGAGCAGAUCACACCCAAUUCCACGGAGCAGCUGGAGCGAGUGGCUCUCAAGUUCAACGAGGAUCUGCAGCAAAAACUCCUGUCGACGCGCACAGCCACCGACCAGGCCCUUAAGUACCGUGUUGUGGAGCUCUGCGCCCUCAUCCAACGCACCCCCGCCCUCGAGCUGUACACCCAUCUGCGAAGCGGGCUCCAGAAGGAGCUGCAGUUGGCCACCGAGAAGAGUGUGGCUUCCAGUGCCGGGCAAUCGAUGCCAAUGCCAUACAACAUGAACAACGCCGGCUACAUGGACACCAGCGACAUCAUGGGGACAAACGGAGCCGUGGCCCCCAGUAACAAUGUCGUCGCCUCCCCGUGUCUGGGAAUGGUAACCCCCAAGCGAGAGCUGUACGAUGUGCAGCACCAGAUUGUUUCCACGCUCCACGAAUUUACAAACUGUCGUAACGCACUGAGCGUUCUCGUCCAGAACUACAACUACAUGCUGAACUCGAUGCCCUCUCCCAACGCAGAGGUGCUCGUUAGUAACCUGAUGGACGAGAAGGCCACCAUUGCCACUCUGCUGCGGCGUAGCUUCAUGUACUAUGAGACCCUGAACGACCUGGUCAUCCACGAGCUGAAGAACUGGCGACGCCAGCAGGCCCUCGCCGGCAACGGAGCUGGGUUCAACGAAGGCGCCCUAGACGGCAUCCAGCACUGCUUUGAGAUGCUCGAGGCAUUGGUGGCCCAAAUGCUCGAGGCCGUGAACGAACUCAUUCGCGUGCAGCUGGGCAGCGAGGAGCCAGAACUGCUUCAUCUGCGGGAGCAGGUGAAGAUCGCACAGAAAAACCUGGUGAUAUCAGCCUUCAUAGUGGACAAACAGCCGCCGCAGGUGAUGAAGACCAACACCCGCUUUGCGGCCUCGGUGCGCUGGCUGAUUGGCUCGCAGCUGGGCAUCCACAACAACCCACCCACAGUGGAGUGCAUCAUUAUGUCAGAAAUGCAGUCGGCUCGCUUCGUCUCCCGCGGCACCCAGUUGGAAAACACCAUGUCCGGGCAGUCCUCGGGCGAAAUCCUUAACGCCUCCAGCACCAUGGAGUACCAGUCGAACAACCACGUCUUCUCCGCCAGCUUCCGCAACAUGCAGCUGAAGAAGAUCAAGCGUGCUGAGAAGAAGGGCACCGAGAGCGUCAUGGACGAAAAGUUUGCUCUCUUCUUCUACACAACCACAUCGGUCAACGACUACCACAUCCGCGUGUGGACCCUUUCUCUGCCCGUGGUGGUGAUCGUGCACGGCAACCAGGAGCCACAGUCGUGGGCCACCAUCACCUGGGACAACGCCUUCGCAGAGAUUAUCCGUGAGCCUUUCGUGAUCACUGACCGUGUCACCUGGCCCCAACUCUCGGCGGCCCUAAACACAAAGUUCGGGUCCAGCACUCAGCGCUUCUUGACCGCGGAAAACCUGGAGUUCCUCUGUAAGUCCCCAGGGAGUGCAUUUUGUACGGGCAUUGUUUUCAUGGUUUUCUGCCUUUCAGUUGAGAAACUUCAGCGGGAGGAGCGCUCCGAAUAUAUUACGUGGAACCAGUUCUGCAAGGAGCCCAUGCCCGACCGGACGUUCACCUUCUGGGAAUGGUUCUUCGCCAUCAUGAAACUCACCAAAGACCACAUGUUGGGUAUGUGGAAGGCCGGCUGCAUCAUGGGCUUCAUUAACAAGGCCAAGGCGCAGGAUGCCUUGUUGCGUUCGAAUACCAUUGGAACCUUCCUGCUUCGCUUCUCCGACAGCGAGCUUGGUGGCGUCACCAUUGCCUACGUGAACGAGAUGGGGUCGGUCACCAUGCUGGCUCCUUGGACUGCUCGUGACUUCCAGGUCCUUAAUCUGGCCGAUCGCAUCCGCGACCUGGACGUUCUUCGCUGGCUGCAUCCCUCUGACACCUCUAUGGUGGCCCAGCCGCGUGACCGCGCCUUCGGCGAGUUCUUCUCGAGGCGUCAGGAACGCAACCCCCGCUCUCUAGAAACCUCCCCCGGAUACGUGCCGAGCACGCUGCACGUCCAGGUCUGCAGCAGCAACGGCGAUGGUGGAUCCAUCAGUGGCACCCCGCAGCAUGUGCCGCAGCAAGACACCUUACCGAUGGGAAAUGUUUCGCCAGUGAGCUCCACGGCCACUUAUAAUUAUGGCCCACAACCUGAAGAUUCCGAUUCCGAUGACAGCCAGGUGGCCGAAGCCCUGGGGCAGAUCCUUGCGAACACCCCUCCCGGUGAUCCCCUUAUAGAUCAGUUCAAAAACACGCUCCUGGGUAUCCAAGAGAUCAGUAAUGCCUUAAGGGAUAGCAUGAUCAGUGAGGGGUCACCGAGUGCCAGUGAUCCCGUGGAUGAACCGAUGAGGGAUGACGAGAAUAUUGUGAUGCAAGUCCCUAGAUCGCAACUUAGUUACUAUUAUUAAUCAAAAAAAGAGAAAUCACGCUGUGCCAUUGCCUUCACUCUGUCUAUCUAAUCUGCUACCGGUUCUGACACUUGCCGCAAGUAGUGAUUUCGGAAUGACGGACUUUGAUUCGAUGACGAACUUUGAGCUUUUGUGAAUCGCCAAACAACCAGAACAACAUCCACCACAACAAGAAUUUGAACUACCAGAGCAAUGCAUGCAGAUUGCGACACCUGAACACAAACACCUUUGCCACACAACCAGAACCUUUUCUAUAUCGUGAUUAUGAUUGUGUCUGACGUAUGCAGAAGUUCCCCAUUGGAUUUCUGUCUUGUAUAAACCUAUGGAAUGUGUCCUGAGCAUGUUAUUCGUUUUGUAUUUUAUAUAUAACUCUUUAUAUGUGUAGACAUAUACUUUGAUUUUUUUUGUACCAUUGCGUUUUUCUGUGACAAGCAUUACUUGACGAGUGGAGUAGAGCAUCGGUUUAGUUAGUUAGUAACUAUUUGUUGAAUCUAAAUUUAUGAUUUAAAUUUGAAUCAAUUACGUUUAACAUGUAAGUGUAAAAUUUACCAUAUUUCGCCUGCUAAGACCUAUGUUUAAAUCGAUACGACGAAAGAGAAAUCAAUCGAAGAUGAGGAGCCGCAAGGAGAAGAGUUGCGUUAAUUUUAGUUAUGUAUCAUCUAAGAAACAUUGUGAAUUUGCUUUAUGUGAAACCCCUCCUUUAAUUGGCUUCCAAUGCUGAAAGUGCGUAAAAUUUAACCAAUCCAUGUAUAUUUUUAGUUUGUUUGAGUCAGGGCACAGAUUGCAAUGCAUUUCAAAUGCAACAGCCUAUUGCCUGUAGUCAGUUAACCAGAGACACGAAGGGAAACCACCACAAAGUUUAUAUAUGCGACACUGUAAGCAUAACCAUCUAUGUAACAGCUACAAUAACACAUGAGUACACUAAGCUUUGCACGUGAACCUUUAUAAGACUUAAGAACACCCUCAAAAUAAAUGAGUAAUUUAAUAAACAUUUCAAAACACA